UCAGUUCAAUCGCGACCUCAAGAGCGCCCGCACACACAUGUUGCCGUUGCCUUCUCUGUUGCGCUACACAAACAUUUUGCAAUAACAACAACGCGUAAAGAACAACGACAGCAACAACAAAAACAACGAAUUGCGCGUAGUCUCCUCACAGCAAAAGCAAUGUGACUCUGAGGCAACCAAAGUUGUCAGUGAAAAAGAAGAAGAAAAAAGAAGGAAAAGUAAAGCAAAAUACUAAAAAUAAUCAAGAAAACAGACUUGAAAUAAAUACUGUAUAUAGUAUAUAGUAUUUGAACUAUUAUCAUUGAGAAUUGAAGUGACAAAACCUGAUGGCAACAACAGCAACAACUAAAGCCGCAGCAGCAGCAACAGUCGCAGCAGCAACCACACUUGCGCCGCCAACUGUUGCCAGCAACAGCAGCAGCAACCACAACAACAACAUCAACAACUCAGCAGUAAUUAGUGCACCCAUCAAAAUACCGUUAAGUGAACGCUUUUCGACACAAACCUCAACGGGCUCUGCGGACAGCGGCGUCAUCGUGACGAGUGCCUCACAGAAGCAACUUGCCGCACAACAGCAAUCGACGCUGUUGCAACUGCAACAGUUGCCGCUGGUGCGCAGCAGCAGUGGAUCGCUGAGUUUGCAUGGCCCGCUGCCGAAAUGGCAGCGCCAACAGCAACAGCAGCGCCAGCAACAACAGCAGCAGCAACAACAACAGCUGCUGCUGCUCAGCCAGGACAGCGGCAUUGAGCAGAGGGGCAAUGAAGGCGCCUCCUCGGUUGGCGCUGGCGGUGGGCAAUCGAACAGCAGCAGUGAAUCGCUUGGGAGCAGCAGCGGCAACGAGGUUGUCGGCGGUGUUGCGACCAUCGGCAGCAGCAACAGCAGCAGCCAUCAUCAUCAUCGUCGCAGUCGAACGCGAGCGGCAUCCGCUUUGGAGCUGAGCAGCGUUGGGGUCUCGAAUGGCGUUGUUCCUUCGGGUGGCGUUGGCGCCUUGCGUCGCAUCAAAUACAAGAGCACGAACAGCACGCAAGGUUUCGAUGUCGAGGAUCGCAUCGAGGAGGUCGACAUUAUCGAUAAUCCCGACGAUGAUGAUGAUGACGACGAAGAGGAUGAGGAGGAAGCCGAUGAUGGUGUGGCUGUCGAUGAGGUGGAUGAGGAGGACACACAGUCGGGCAUCAUCAUCAAUAUUGGUCCCGGCGGUCAUGGUGAUGAGUUAGACGGCUCCCAGAGGCAGCAACAACAGUUGCUGGCAUCCCUGGUAAAGGCCGAGGAAGAUCUCCCCCUGGAGUUGGCGCCACUCACAGUCGCUGCGGCCGCUGCGAAGCGCAAGGAUGUCCGCAAUCUGGGCACCGACGGUCACAUCUAUUUCCCCCUACUCAAGAUCAAUGAGGAUCCGCACAUUGAUGCGAAAUUGAUCAAUCGCAAGGAUGGACUGCAGGAUACAAUGUAUUAUCUAGACGAGUUUGGGAGUCCCAAGUUGCGGGAGAAGUUUGCGCGAAAGCAGAAGCAGCGACAGGCCAAACAGCAGAAGGCAUUGCUGAAGCGGGAGCGUGAGGAGCAGCGCAAGAAGCGCAACACAACGGUGGCAUCCAAUUUGGCUGCCAGCGGCAUUGAUACCAAAGAGCAGCAGCAGCCUCAUCCGCAGCAACAAGUGCCACAGAAGCAGCAACAAGCUUCUGCAGUUAACAACAACAACAUCAACUGUGAUAGAAAUCAUCAUGAUCAUCAUGAUGACGAUCCCGAUGCGGACGUGGUGAAGAUGCGAGUACGCAGCCAUAGCCAUGACAAUCAUUAUGAUGCCACCAUCAAUAGCAACAGCAGCAGCACCUUUAAAACCGCCCGCCGUCACUCCGAUGAUCGCAAUAGCAAUCGCAAUCGAGAUCAUCAUCCGCACGAUUGUGCUGCCGCUGAAGAUGUUGAUGACAUCGAUCUCGAUGCCGCGACAGCGGCGGACGAUGAUGUCGAUGAGACGGGAGCUGAGGCCGGUCUUGAUGCUGGCCUCGAGAGGGUUAAGACUGCGAAAUUGGCGAGAACACAAUCCUGCGUUAGUUGGACCAAAGUAGUGCAAAAGUUUAAGCACAUAUUAGGCAUGAAACAAUUGAUCGGCAAAUUGAAUGAUUUGUGGCCCGAACAUAGCGUCGCAUUGUCCAUUCCAAAGGAGGUCGAUAGGAGCAAGGAGAAGCUAGAGGGCGCUUGGGAGACAACAGGUCGUGAUGGUUCCAAAAUUACAACAGUCGUUGCAACGCCCGGCCAAGGCACCGAUCGGGUUCAAGAAGUUUCCUAUACAGAUACAAAAGUCAUCGGCAAUGGCAGCUUUGGUGUCGUCUUUCAGGCGAAACUCUGCGAUACCGGCGAAUUGGUUGCAAUCAAAAAAGUUUUACAAGACAGACGAUUUAAGAAUCGUGAAUUGCAAAUAAUGCGCAGAUUGGAGCAUUGUAAUAUUGUGAAACUUUUAUACUUUUUCUAUUCGAGUGGAGAAAAGCGUGAUGAAGUAUUUUUGAAUUUAGUCCUCGAAUAUAUACCAGAAACUGUAUACAAAGUGGCACGUCAAUAUGCCAAAACCAAGCAAACGAUACCAAUCAACUUUAUACGGCUCUACAUGUAUCAAUUGUUCAGAAGCUUGGCCUACAUCCAUUCGCUGGGCAUUUGUCAUCGUGAUAUCAAGCCGCAGAAUCUGCUGCUCGACCCCGAGACGGCGGUGCUGAAGUUGUGCGACUUUGGUAGUGCCAAGCAGUUGUUGCACGGCGAGCCGAAUGUCUCGUAUAUCUGCUCCCGAUAUUAUCGGGCACCCGAGCUCAUAUUUGGCGCCAUCAACUAUACAACUAAAAUCGAUGUAUGGAGCGCCGGUUGUGUGCUUGCCGAACUGCUGCUGGGACAGCCGAUCUUUCCGGGUGAUUCGGGUGUCGAUCAGCUGGUCGAGGUUAUCAAAGUUUUGGGCACACCGACAAGAGAACAAAUACGCGAAAUGAAUCCAAACUAUACGGAAUUCAAAUUUCCACAGAUUAAGAGUCAUCCAUGGCAGAAAGUUUUCCGUAUACGCACUCCGACAGAAGCUAUCAACUUGGUGUCCCAGCUGCUAGAGUACACGCCCAGCGCCCGUAUAACACCGCUCAAGGCCUGUGCACAUCCGUUCUUCGAUGAGCUGCGCAUGGAGGGCAAUCACACCUUGCCCAAUGGCCGCGAGAUGCCGCCACUCUUCAACUUCACAGAGCAUGAACUCUCGAUACAGCCUAGCUUAGUGCCACAGUUGUUGCCAAAGCAUCUGCAGAAUGCCGCAGUGCGUGCCUCAGCUGGCGGCAGCGGCAGCGGCGCAGCAGCUCCAGCCUCGGCGGCCAGCGGCUCCACCAGCGUCUCCUCCACGGGCAGCGGCGCGUCAGCGGAUGGCGCCCAAUCACAGCAGACUCCAGCGGCAGCAGCAGCAGCAGGCGGAGCAACAGCAGCAACAUCGGCAACAUCAGCAGCAGCAGCAGCAGCAGCUGGUGGUGGUGGACAAGGCGGCAACAACAGCAGCAGCAGCAACAGCGGCGGCGGCGGCGGCAACGCAACCAACGCAGCGCCAAAUUCAGCCACCGCAGCUGCAACGGCUGCGCCGCAAUCGAAUGCGGCCGCAAGCGGCGGUGGCGGCGGCGGUGGUGCUGCGGCAGCUGCCACUGCAGCCGGCGGUGCGAUUGCCACAAGCAAUGCUGGUGGCGCCAACAUAACAGGCUCGCAGUCGAACAACGCCUUGAACAGCAGUGCCGGCGCCAGUGGUAAUGGGGAUGGUGGUGACGCCAGUGCUGCGGGUGGUGACGGUGAAGUCGGUGGUGGCGGCGGCAACGGGAACGGCGGCGGUGACAAUGGCGCAGCAGCUGAGGCCGAUCAGGCGGCAGCGUCGGCCAGUGCAUCGGGUUAGCGCAAUAAUGGCGGUGUUCUGUUAAUGUAAAUGUUGUUUACAGCGUACUGUUAUUAACAUUUUUCGCUCGCCCGGCUGCUGUUAAAUUUACUUAAGCCCCGCUUUGUGUUCUUAUAUUUGUUUGUUUGCAUACAAAUAAGAACACAAAGCGAGGCUUAAGUAAAUUUAACAGCAGCCAAUUUUCAACAUGCACACGCAAACUCACAUACAUACUCUUGCAAAGUUAACAGCAGUGAAACUUCAAUUGUGCAAAAUACAUAAAGCAAGUGAUUGCAUUCGCACUUAACCGAAGAAGAAGAAAACAAUGGCGCCGCCGCAGUGCGAAAGUGUGAGCAAAGUGUGUGACAACUUGUAUGAAUGUGUGUGCGUGUGUGUGUGCGUGUUGUACACUGGACGCAAGGCAAAUAUUUAGCGUAUUUUCAUUUGUUAAAUAUAACAAAUCGGAAACAACAAAAUGAAAAUACGAUAAAUAUUUGCCUUGCGUCCAGUGUACAACACGCACACACUUACGCACACACAUUCAUACAAGUUGUCACACAACAAAACAACAAAAUGAAAAUUCAAAAGAAAAAACACAAAGCAAAGCAAAUGCCUAAAUUAUGCAUUAAAAGGAAAUAUUUAUUAUUAAUACAAAUACAAAACAAAUAAAAACAAAAACUACAUAUAUGUAUAUACAUACAUACAUAUACAUAUAUACGUAUGCAUAUAUAAUGACAGACAACACACAAUCUCUCUCACACACACAUACACACAAUUGAGAAAAUGUUAAAAGAAUAUUAAACUAAAUUAAAUUAAAUUAAAUAACAGCAACUAAAUACAUUAUAGUAAAAACAAAAACAAAAUCAACAACAAUUUGCGAAAAAUACAAAAACAAAAGCAAAACGUAAUAAAUGAUAAGCAAAUCGAGAAAGAAAAUUUAGUGAAAUAAAUCAAAAUUUUUUGUCCCAUUUAAAGUAAAGUACGUAUACAACAUUAAUAUAGUUAACCGCGACAACAGCAGCAGCAACAACAACAACAACUCAAAUGUGAUGUUGUUGUGGUCAAGGAAAAACAGAAUACAAAAAAUUCAAUCGUUUCUACAAUGUAUGCAAAAAUGUUAAAAGUAAAACGUAAAACAAAAAAAAAAAAAAAAAAUAACUUAUACGUAUAGUAAAAACGUAAUCACAAAAAAUACAAGUUUUCCCCCAUACGCAACAACUAUAUACAUACAUACAACAUACUUACAUAUAUAGGCAUAUACUCUCCAAACCGAUUUCGUACUUGCUACAACAAGAACACAGAACAGACAGUCGGGUAAACAGAGACAGCGACAGCGACAGAGACAGAGACAGACGGAAUACUUCUUCUCUCCCAUCACUUCCGCAAUUGCCCCGCAAAGUAUGCUUUGGAUUGCGGCAAAUGUGAAACAUGCGAAAGAAGUAAAUGUAAAACUGUUUCUCUACCAUAUUAUGAACUCCCCCGCUCCCUUAUCAUCCUGUCAUCCUAAGCACUAAAUAUUGAGUGCCAUUCUACAGUCCAAAUCUAGCAUAUAUAUAUAUAUAAAUAUAUAUAUAUUAUUAGUACGAUUAUAAAACGACAAAUCCAAUAAGAGAAUACGGAAAAUAAAUUACUCAGCGCUGUUUCGAAUUUCAGCAAUUUCGCCGGCGAGCGAAUGUGAAACUCGGAAUGGGGCUGAUUAGGAAACGCUUUUAGCGCGCGACGCCACCCAUUAAAAUAAAUAAUAAAUUUAAAUUUACAACAAAUACAAAGAAAUUACAAAAACAAAAAAAAAAACAAACAAAAAAUUUAAAAAACAACAAAACCAAAAAAUCUAAAAAGCAACAAAAACAAAGAAAUCUAAAAAUAAAGAAAAAAAUAAAAGAAGAAAUAAGUAAAGAAAAUAAAAUGUGCGAAGAAGAAGAAGAGGCAAGUUGAAUGAGGAGAACUCGAAAUAGUAACCAUGAUUAUAAUGCAUUAAUUGUAAAGUAAUCGUAAACGUUUAGCUGCAAUUGAAAAUUUAAAUUAAUUUUAAAAUUUAUAAAAAGCGUAAAAAUAAUGAAAAACACAAACAAACAAACAAACACUUGGCACGAGGCAUAUUCCAUAUAUACACACACACAGAGACACGUACAUAUUUAAAUAGAUGUAUUCCAGAUGGUAAGCUCGCGGCUUUCGUUGCCGCCUCGGACCAUUACACAACACUGUUUUUUUUUGGCCUGCCACAAGAAGAAGAGAUCAAAGCAAUUGCAUCAUCUAUUUAUAUCUAUGUAGCGUGUAAUAUCUCAGAGCCUGCCUAUAGAAGAUUCCCCCAAAUCAACAAAAAACUAAUAAAAAUGCUACCUUAUUUCUUAUACCGAUCCCCGACCCCGCCCCCGCCCCACUGCGAUCUUUUAGCAAAUGUUUCCAAUUCGCUUAAGCAAAGAAAACAGAAAAACAGACAAAAAAAAACUGUAAUAAACUAACUGUAUUUGUAUAUGUAUAUGUAUUCCUAGAUUCCAUUAUGUCUUAUAUUGUAUUUCCUAUACAUUUUUUUUUCUAAACUUAGAGAACCAAAAGAACGAUUAAGAAGUUCAAGUUGAAGAAGUUAAGCAAAAAAAAAAGAAGAUACUUAUUGAAGGUUUUGUAGUAAUAUCCAAGCAAAGAUAUUUAUUAUAAUUUCAGAAUAAACAAAGUAAAGAAAUGCAAAACUAUAAAAAGAAAAAAAAAAUACAAAUCUAAAUAAAAAUAACAAAAAGCUCCACAACAUUUUAGAGUAUAAUGUAUGAGACAACUACAACAACAAAUUAUAUAUAAAAAUAAUCUACUCACACACACACAUACACACCUACACCCAAACACACACACAUUCACAGUAAAAAUUCACUUUAAUUUGUAAUUAUAAAUUCGAAAAAAGAAUUCCGCAAAUAAGCCCUUCCCCGAAGAAAAAAAAUUAUUAAGAAAAGAGGCAGUCGAAAAAAAUUAUAAAAAAAAACUAUGAAAAUAUAUAUAUAUGAAAUACAAAAAAAAAAACAGAAAAUAAAAAAUUAAAACAAUUUUCA